GCCACGCGCGCCGCGCGCCAUCCUCCCCCUCUCCCUCGCCCAGUCGCCCUCCUCUCCAUCCAUCCCCUCCAAAACCCGCUCCUCCCCGCCUCGCCUUGCCGUUGCGUCUCGUAUAAACCCUAAGUCUCUCUCUUAUCCAUUCGUCUCUCUUCUCUCAUCAGAAGCGGAGCCCGCGGCGAGAGAGCACAGAGGUAUAGUGGUGGGAGGGGGAAGGCCAUGGCGCCGGCGCUGAGCAGGAGCCUGGGGGCGUCGUCCGUUGCGGCGCUGAGGCCGACCCCGUCGCGGGGCCGGGGUCCCACGCUGCGGAGCGCGGUCGCGGUGCAGGGGAGGGGAGCGGCGGCGGUGGCCGCGAGAGGGGUGAGGUGGGAGGCCGGGAGGAGGAAGGGGAAGGGGAGGAUGGUCGGGGUCAGGUGCGAGGCCGCCGUCACCGAGAAGCCCGCCGGGGAGGAGGAGGCGGCCGGCGAGCAGUUCGAGUACCAGGCUGAGGUCAGCCGAUUGCUGGAUUUGAUUGUCCACAGCCUGUAUAGCCACAAGGAGGUUUUUCUCCGUGAACUCGUAAGUAAUGCAAGUGACGCGCUGGAUAAGCUGAGAUUUCUCAGUGUAACUGAUUCCUCUGUAUUGUCCGAUGGCGGUGAGUUGGAAAUUAGGAUCAAACCCGACCCAGAGGCUGGCACAAUUACUAUCACUGAUACUGGCAUUGGGAUGACCAAAGAUGAACUCAAAGAUUGCCUUGGAACCAUCGCCCAAAGUGGCACCUCCAAAUUUUUGAAGGCUCUUAAGGAGAACAAAGAUCUUGGUGCAGAUAAUGGACUUAUUGGUCAAUUUGGUGUGGGAUUUUAUUCGGCUUUUCUUGUUGCAGAGAAGGUUGUGGUUUCCACUAAGAGUCCAAAGGCAGACAAACAGUAUGUAUGGGAAGCUAUGGCUGACAGCAGCUCAUAUGUUAUUAAGGAAGAAACCGAUCCUGAGAAAAUGUUGACACGCGGAACACAGAUUACUCUGUUUUUAAGAGAUGAUGAUAAGUACGAGUUUGCUGACCCUGGACGUAUUCAAGGUUUAGUUAAGAACUAUUCCCAGUUUGUUUCAUUCCCCAUAUAUACAUGGCAGGAGAAAUCAAGAACAGUUGAGGUUGAAGAAGAAGAACCGAAAGAAGGUGAAGAGGCAACAGAGGGUGAAAAGAAGAAGAAAAAGAAAACAAUCACUGAGAAGUACUGGGAUUGGGAAUUGGCUAAUGAAACAAAGCCCAUAUGGAUGAGAAAUCCAAAGGAAGUUGAGAAAACUGAGUACAAUGAAUUCUACAAGAAGGCAUUCAAUGAGUUUUUGGAUCCUCUUGCUUACACCCACUUUACAACAGAGGGUGAGGUGGAAUUCAGGAGCGUCCUCUACAUUCCAGGAAUGGCACCUCUUAGCAAUGAGGAGAUAAUGAACCCUAAGACCAAGAAUAUCCGGCUGUAUGUUAAGAGAGUCUUCAUAUCAGAUGACUUCGAUGGCGAGUUGUUCCCUAGAUACUUAAGCUUUGUAAAGGGUGUAGUGGACUCAAAUGAUCUUCCUCUCAAUGUUUCCCGUGAGAUUCUUCAAGAAAGUCGUAUUGUCAGGAUCAUGCGCAAAAGACUUGUCAGGAAGACAUUUGAUAUGAUUCAGGAGAUUGCUGAGAAAGAGGACAAGGAGGACUACAAAAAAUUUUGGGAGAGUUUUGGCAAAUUUGUUAAACUUGGCUGCAUUGAGGACACAGGAAAUCACAAACGCCUUGCUCCUCUGUUGCGGUUUUACUCUUCCAAAAAUGAGACAGAUUUGAUAAGUCUUGAUCAGUAUGUAGAGAACAUGCCAGAAAACCAAAAGGCAAUCUACUACAUUGCUACAGACAGUCUUCAGAGUGCAAAGACUGCUCCUUUCUUGGAAAAGUUGGUUCAAAAAGACAUUGAAGUUCUCUACCUUAUCGAGCCGAUUGAUGAGGUUGCCAUUCAGAAUUUACAGACAUACAAAGAGAAAAAAUUUGUUGAUAUCAGCAAAGAAGACCUGGAAUUGGGUGAUGAAGAUGAGGACAAGGAAAAUGAGAGCAAGCAGGAAUACACUCUUCUAUGUGACUGGAUAAAGCAACAGCUUGGUGACAAAGUUGCCAAGGUUCAGAUAUCAAACCGGCUUAGCUCUUCGCCAUGUGUUCUUGUAUCUGGCAAAUUUGGUUGGUCAGCAAACAUGGAAAGGCUUAUGAAGGCACAAACACUUGGUGAUACUUCAAGCUUAGAGUUCAUGAGAGGAAGAAGAAUUUUUGAAAUCAACCCCGACCACCCAAUUGUCAAGGACUUGAGUGCUGCUUGCAAAAACGAGCCUGAAAGUACCGAAGCCAAGAGGGCCGUUGAGCUGUUGUACGAGACUGCGCUGAUCUCCAGUGGAUAUACUCCUGACAGCCCAGCUGAGUUGGGUGGCAAGAUCUACGAGAUGAUGACCAUCGCUCUUGGCGGGAGAUGGGGAAGACCGGAGGAGUCUGAAGCCGCCACCAGCGAAUCCAACGUUGAGGUAGAGUCUUCUGAAGGUUCCGCGACGGAAGUUGUUGAGCCCUCUGAAGUGAGGCCCGAGAGUGAUCCAUGGAAGGAUUAAUGUGCUUGCAAUUCUAGGCAUACCUUUUCUUAGCCCAAAGGUAGGAUAGGAGCAGACUGCACCACAGAAGCCAGAUCUAUGAUGAACUGAGCACAAACGUCUUAGACAUUGGGUAUUUGGGUUUGUCAUGUUUGGGUUGCCGCCAAGGCUAAAAAAUUUUGUAGGCAUUUGCUUAUUUAUAAGCUCGUAAUGAGAAGGCCUUAUACAUAUGUCCUGCUAUUAUUUUAGUUUUUUACUUCUGAGGUAGAGGAAAAACAAAAGCUGAAAUGUGUUUGCGAUAUCACCGUUAAUCAAGUUCAGUAUUCACAA